UUUCUGAUGGCAGGAAAAUCGAAGCAAUGACGACAAGGGUAUGGCUUCACGGUGUCAUCUUUUUUGGACAUUGUUUUUCUUGGUUAUACUGGAAGGAUUGUUUAUAGGGACUAUAACGAAUUGGCCCUCGCUGUUUGAAGCACCAAACUCCAGAAUAAAAGAAGCUCUCUAUGUGAAUUCACCUGAGGCGAGUGCAGCUUAUAUUUUUCAAAGAAGACGACCGAAAAACAUCCUUCUCUUUGUAGCUAUUCUGACGCACGCGUCCCGUAAAGCAAGACGGGACGCCAUUCGAGAUACGUGGUUUACUGAGUGUAAACUUAGAACAGACGAGGUUUUUUGUGCGUUCUUUACUGACCAAGCGGGCUUGGAAAACGAAACGAAAAAUGCUAUUUUACAAGAACAUGAAGAAAACAACGACCUGAUUUUUCUUCAAGUCGAAGAUAAUUUAGCCUUCACCGAAAGAUUGCUUCAGACAAUGGAAUGGGCAUCAGAACGGCACAAGUUUGAUUACUUUCUACGCAUAGAUGACGACCAUUUCCUUUGCCUGGAUCGACUUCUGUAUGAAUUAAAUUUUCGUCCAAAGGAAGCACUGUACUGGGGAUUUGUGCAUUGUAAACCAAAAAUAGUCCGCGUGGACGAAGCUUGGCUUCUUCUCACGCACGACUUGAUCGAAGAGAUUCUUGAGAAGAGAAACAGUAGUCUUCUUUGCUCCCCCUACGGUGAUCAGGCGGCAGCGUUAUGGAUGAUGGAGAGCAAGAAGAAUGUUACUUACUUCAUGGACAACCAAAGAAUUGUACACAAAAGCGCAGGAAAAGAUCAGAGGUUUUUACUCGAUAAGGACAUUUGCCAAAAAUAUUUGAGUCUUCAUGGAUCGUACCCCAGAUCUAUGAGACAAUUGUGGCUGUCUUCUUAUGUCUUGCGCAAGGAAACUUCAUUGUCUGGUUCAUAUAAAAUCACUGAAAUAGAACCGUUCGCAAAGUUGUGCCGCCAUUCCCCUGUUUUUGACUAUAUGGGGUUCUUCCCUGAGUAUAGGUUCGAGCCCAAGCCCUGCUCGGGAAACCCGAAGUGGUCCAUUUCUAAGAAACCCCAUGUGGGCCGAGAAGAAGCUGGGGAAAGAUACUCAAAGUAUAAAUAAUGAUAAUGAUAUAGUUAUUUUGUCGCGAAUUCGUUGAAAAUCCGUAUUGGACCGCAGAAGGGCGUGAAACAGAAGAGACGAAUCUUAAAACCAAAACAAGAGAAAAAUAUCUUUUUUCUCGCAUCGAGGAGGUUUUGGGUAUCAGACGAUGGAACGAAAUAGGGAGAAUUUCACUUUAUCAGUUAAAAAAUUGCGGUAAAAUUUUUGUAUACUCUCAUUAUUGCUUUGCUCAACAAAUUACUCGCGACGGAAAUUAAGAGAUUUCUCGUAUUAGUCACUCAUUACGAAAAGGUCACAGUUUCACAGAUUCUAUUUAGUCAUUCAAGCUGUUCUUGAUAUGUAUACCAAUCAUAUUAUCUUUGUCUUCAUCUUUUGAAACGCUCAAAUGUCCGCAAUUUUUUGAGUGUACAACAUGAUUUAGGUGCAAAUUCCUUUCUCUCCGACCCAAAGGAAGUACUUCGAUGAAAAUCAGACGCCUCAAUUGCUCAAUACCUCUGACGUUUACCGUGCGUGAACAAAAUAAAUUCCAAUAAACGCCGACCUUUAUGAGUUUGUCAAUCAAACAUCUCUAUGAGUGGGUUUAAUCUGUAUGCGGGCAGUUUAUUAUUCAAUUACUUCCUAUUUUCGUUGAGGGACCUUUAUUUAUUCUGUUUCCUAUAGAAGUUUAUUCAGUCAGAUUGUUUACUUUAUUGUUAGGUGUUGAGCGGGAAUGAUGAAUUAGAACUCUACAUGACUUUACUUACAAUGGACGAAACCGCGAAAAUUCCGAUGUGUUGUUGUCAACUUGUUGCGGUCAUGCAUCAAACCGCGAAAACUCGAACAUUUAAUGCUCUGCGCAGUAGAAUAAAAACGCCUUAAAAUUUAAUAAGUUUACUUUAAGAAUCAAAGCUUUUUGAAAAGUGUGGAUUAGCGCUUAAGUGUAAUCGGUCUUGGAAAUAAUUUUCUCUUCUCGGCUUGAAGCGCGGUCAUAAAAUUUCCCUUUGUGAUGAAAAUAGUAAAUAGUUUCAGCUUUUUAAUUCAUGUAGUAAUCGCUCAAUUAAGAUGAAGUUUUGUCAAAGGAAGCCAAUAACAGAA